AUGUUUCGUCCUGCUGGACUCUCUGACGAAGAUUCCGAUAGCGAUGAAUAUGGAUUUGACGAAAAGCCGAGAAGAACUUUUAAUUAUUACAAUAACCAAGAAAACCUUAAAAAGAAAUUAGAGAAUAGAUUACAAGAUGCAAUUAUAAAUGGAAACAUUAAAGAGGUUGAGAAAAUUAUUGCACUUGAUCUAAAAAACAAUGUCAAUAUCAAACUAGACAGUGGAUGGACCGCUUUAAUGCAUGCCUGCUUCCAUGCACAAAAGAAAAUUGUUGAUCUAAUACUAGAGAAAGGAGCUGAUCCAAAUUUACAUGCAGAUUCAGUUACUCCAGUAAUGGUAGCAUGCUCGAACAGUAGUGCCAGUGAAGAUAUAGUACACAACAUAGUAACUAGUCUUAUAUCACAUCACAGCUUACUCAAUGUGGGUGAUAAAUAUGGACAAACUCCUCUCAUGAGAGCAGUUAGUAGUGGCCGCGUAACUGUUGUUGAACUACUCCUGUCAAAUAAUGUUAAUAUUGAGAUGAGGGAUCGACAAGGUUGGACAGCAUUGUUCUGGGCUGUCCAUCACAAUCAAGCCAAAAUCCUGGAAAUACUAAUAUCUAAAGGUGCAAGACUGACGGAAAUAGACAUGUCCAGUAGAACAGUCGUAGAAAUUGCACAAUCUCAUGAAUAUCCACAGAUUCUAGAAAUACUUAACCAACAUUUAAAAUUUGACACUGAAGAAGAAGUUGUAGGGGAUGAUAUGACUGAAUUAGUGUCAUGGCAAGAUUAUUAUCCAGGUAUUAGAAGUGAUGAAAGGCCCAAGUAUACUACUGAAAUAAAACAUUUACUAUAUGGUAUGAAUUGUGAGAAGUUAACUGACAUCAUUGUAAAGAAUCAUUUGGAUUUAAGAACAUUUCUGUUACUGGAAGAGGAUGGUAUGGUAAAAUUGGGAAUAGAAAUGCCGUUUGAAAGGCAGAGACUAAGGCAUGGGCUAAAAGCAUUUCAUAUGAAGUCUUGGAAACUGAACACUGUGGCAGGACUCCACGUUCAGAAGCGUGAUACCUGCAGCGUACAAGAGUGUCUAGGUGUAUUGGGGAGUCAUUUACAACAGUUGUAUAUACUGGAAGCGACACUACAAUAUGUUUUGCGUGAUUACUGUCGAAUACACAACCAGAUAAAAUUUGAACCACCAGAUUCACCUGUCACUCAAAAAAUGCAGGCGGCUGCUAAGAAAGUGUUAACUAAUAUAGGCAGUAUUCGGCGGGAAAUUAAAACUAUGAAAGCUAUCCAUACAAAGAUAAGUAAAAGUAACCCAAAACCAGCUGAUUUAAUCAAGGAAAAGUCUACCAAAGAUCUGAUAACAGGAUAUAUUACUGAUGCUAUUGUACUUUGUUCUAUUGGCGUCGUUGCAUACCAUACCAAAAACUGUGUUAUGAGUUUAUUAAAAAAAUAA